GGGAGCCGGGCAGACGCCGCGCGCAGCCGGAGCUCGGCGCGAGGAUCCCGCAGGUCGGAGCCCGGCGGGUCGCGAACAGAUCGCAUCCGUAGAUCGGAGCCCGGGCCCGGAGAGUGGCAGAGAGGGAGGGGCUUCGGUGCCUGAAGGAAGGGGUCAUGGCCUCCAUGCUGCUCGCCCGGCGGCUGGCCUGCAUUUUCCAGCACAACUCCUGCCUGCUGGUGCCAGGAUCCAGACAGAUCAGUCAAGCCGCAGCCAAAGUCGAUGUUGAGUUUGAUUACGAUGGGCCUCUGAUGAAAACAGAAGUCCCAGGGCCCAGAUCUCAGGAGUUAAUGAAACAGCUGAACAUGAUUCAGAACGCAGAGGCCGUGCAUUUUUUCUGCAAUUAUGAAGAGAGCCGAGGCAACUACCUGGUCGAUGUGGAUGGGAACCGGAUGCUGGACCUGUAUUCCCAGAUCUCCUCUGUCCCCAUAGGUUACAGCCACCCUGCCCUGGUGAAGCUCAUCCAACAGCCUCAGAAUGUGAGCACAUUCAUCAACAGACCUGCUCUCGGCAUCCUGCCUCCGGAGAACUUUGUGGAGAAGCUCCGGUCGUCCUUGCUCUCGGUGGCUCCCAAGGGGAUGUCCCAGCUCAUCACCAUGGCCUGCGGCUCCUGCUCCAAUGAAAAUGCAUUCAAGACCAUCUUCAUGUGGUACCGGAGCAAGGAAAGGGGGCAGAGGGGCUUCUCCAAAGAGGAGCUGGAGACCUGCAUGAUUAACCAGGCCCCCGGGUGCCCCGAGUACAGCAUCCUCUCCUUCAUGGGCGCGUUCCACGGGAGAACCAUGGGUUGCCUAGCGACCACGCACUCCAAAGCCAUUCACAAGAUCGACAUCCCUUCCUUCGACUGGCCCAUCGCACCAUUCCCACGGCUGAAAUAUCCUCUGGAAGAGUUUGUGAAAGAAAACCAACAAGAAGAAGCCCGCUGUCUAGAAGAGGUGGAGGAUCUGAUCGUGAAAUACCGGAAGAAGAAAAAGACGGUGGCUGGGAUCGUCGUGGAGCCCAUCCAGUCUGAGGGCGGAGACAACCACGCGUCGGACGACUUCUUCAGGAAGCUGAGAGACAUUGCCAGGAAGCAUGGCUGUGCCUUCUUGGUGGAUGAGGUCCAGACUGGAGGGGGCUGUACCGGCAAGUUCUGGGCCCAUGAGCACUGGGGCUUGGACGACCCAGCAGACGUGAUGACCUUCAGCAAGAAGAUGAUGACCGGCGGCUUCUUCCACAAGGAGGAGUUCAGGCCCAACGCUCCCUACCGGAUCUUCAACACGUGGCUGGGGGACCCGUCCAAGAACCUGCUGCUGGCUGAGGUCAUCGACGUCAUCAAGCGGGAAGACCUGCUGAAUAACGCAGCGCACGCCGGGAAGGUCCUGCUCACGGGGCUGCUGGACCUCCAGGCCCGGUACCCGCAGCUCAUCAGCAGAGUGAGAGGCCGAGGCACCUUUUGCUCUUUCGACACUCCGGACGACUCGGUGCGGAAUAAGCUCAUCUUGAUUGCCAGAAACAAAGGUGUGGUGUUGGGGGGCUGCGGCGACAAAUCCAUUCGUUUCCGUCCCACACUGGUCUUCAGGGACCACCACGCUCACCUGUUCCUCAAUAUUUUCAGCGACAUCUUAGCAGACUUCAAGUAAAGAAGCCAUUCCACUACACUCUGAGGAAGCCCCGAUCUCAACAGUCGUCAAAUUGAUUAGUUUGCCUAAUUCAUGUUUUCACUUAAAAGUAUUAGCGGCGAAUGCAUAAACUGAAGGGUUUUUUGUGAGGAAGGAACGUGUUUGGUGGUUUGGGGGAGGGGGAGAGAAGAGGGGAGGGCUGGUUUUGAUUUUCCUCCCUGCAGAGCCAAGGCUGCACAUUGGUUUAAGCCCAGAAAUUCUGCUAGAGCCCUGGACGUAGUCUUGGGAAGGGCCGCUGGGACCGUGGCCAUAUUUCUGCCCAGCCUUGACCAACCCAGUAAUGGUUUUGGAAGCCAGUCAAGGGACUUACACCCGCCCCUGGGACUGGUGGCUGGGACUUAGGGGUUCCAGUCCAUCUCAAGUGCCGUAUUGUGUAAUCAGGACGCCGGCUGCCCCUGCCCUAUGCAGCAAACAGGCCCUCAGCUUCUCAGCCAGCCCCUGCAGCUCUGAGCACGCCCCCAGCACGCUUCAGUCAGGGACGGGACAGGUCCUGGGAAGGCAGAAAAGUGGGGACGUGUGGACCGAGCUCAGGUGGGGGAAGGGGUCUCCUGGCCUCCUGAAGACUAGGACCACUCCUCUCCGUGCGCCUGGGGGGGUCCUCCGAACUGUGAGUUCUGUCCUUCGUGGGGCUUUGCCCUUGGAGGAUCCCCAGGUGGCAUCACUGUCGGCUGGCAUUCGACAGCCUCCAUGCCCCGAACUCUGUCCUCCCUGGUAAACGGCAGCCUGAGAGUCCACAGGGACAGGCGUGCGUGAAAGGUCAGAAGCACACGCCUGUCGCCCCAGGAGCGCAAGCCCAGGGGCCGGGGUAGCAGAGCCACGCACCCUGUCUCCCCGGGCAUUUGGGGGCCCGGCUUGUGGACCCCUUGUCCCGGGAGGCUCCUGCUCACCCACAUUCCCUCCACCACUGAGCACACGCAUGAGAGGCUUGGCUGUUCCAUGGGGGGGCUCACUGCUGGACCGAUUUCUUCUUGUCUUGAGGGAAGCGCCAUGAAUGAAAGGCGCCAGAGCUCUGUGCAUGGGGCACGUCGGUUUAAGGCAGUUUCCUUGUACCUGUCCUCCUGAAAUCAGCUUUUCCCGACAUGACUGAGUGUGGAGAUUACCCAGCAGAUGGUACUUACAUGCUUAGCUGGGGCUGUGGCUGAGGCGAGUUUCUCUGCUGGAGGCGAGACACUGGUGGAAGUGAUUCGACCUCAAAUGCCCCUAAAAGGAGCACUUGAUAGUCUCAGAGCCAGGAAGUAUUAUCUAGUGGGUAGACUGGGAAAGUUCUCUGUCCCAAAGGAAGCCACUUCAUCCCCGGGUGGCUUGGUUGGCCAUUUUGGAAGAUAAGCACAACAAGGUUCUGAUUCAGCAUUUUGCUUUGCUUUGCUCUUUUCAUGACGAAUCAUCCAAAGAUCUCAAAGUGGGUUUUUUUUCUUUAGCUUUCACUCUUCAGCAGACUUGGUCACCCGCCUAUUUUUGUUGAAGAACGAAAGACACCGGCAUGUUUAACAGACAUGGACAGAUCCACGCAUCCCAGUUCACUUUACGUUCCUGCAGUGAGCGCUAAUCUGUUGCUCUUAAUAAGUUGUGCCAUGUUUAAGGUCAUUUAUGUUGCCAACUAAGUAGAGAUGUGUGACUCCCUCUCUCUGCAAGGUUUCACUCGUUUGUAUAUUCAUUUGUUCAACAUUCAGUCAUUCAUCAAACUUUCAUUCAAUACCUGCACCAUCCCAGGCCCUGUGCUAAGCACUAGGAAUACAGAGAUGAGAUAAAACACAGUCCCUGCCCUCAGGAGCUCAUAUGCCAUUGGAAACAGACUCUUAGCUAACAGAGUGGCAAGUGGUAUAACAGGUGUAAGCGCAUCAGGAAAGCAGAGGGAGUCCUGCAAGCCACUUGAGGGUGAGAGGUUUCUGAGAAAGUGACGUUUGAGCAGGGUUUUGCAGAACGAGGAAGAGUUCGCCAAGCUGACAAGGCAAAGAAGAGUGUUGCGGAAAGGGAAUGGCAUGUGCAAAGGCACGUCAGUCGGUUCAUGGUCUCACAGCUUUUGCUGGGGAGCCACAUUCCACAGACAACACCCCAAGGUUCAAGGCCUUAUUUAACAAACAUGCCAGAUGCAAACCAAACCAUCAUUCAUUCAUUGACUUAAGUAUGCUUUCUCCUGAGAACUUUGGCAUUGGGUGCAAAUAUUAAUAAGGUUCUUGGAGCCCAAAGGGUUUUAAGGCGGGGCAUAACCAGAAAGUUGGCUCCUUCAGUGGCGAGAGUGGCUCCACUAUUUUGUUCUCUCCCCAUGGGGCACUGACAGAGGGAUGAGAUCAUUUUAUCUGGAAAGUCAUUUCCAGAUUUAUUAUUCACUGCUUACCAAGGGAAGUUAGUUCCUGUUAGAAAUUUUUAAGCCAUUUACCAAGUUCUUGUUGAUUCAGGGCAUAAUGAGUUCCUGAGACGUCCUCUUUUGCGGGGUGGGAGUUUAGCCGGAAGAAUUUCAAGGAAAAGAAUUCUCAGCAGAGCUCAAGGUUGUGGAGACUCAGAAGUUGGUGAAAACAUGGGGAGCCCAGCGGACAGGCUGCUCUCUAGGGCAGGGCCCAGGAAGACGUACUUCUGUGGCCAAUGGUCUGGAAAUGAAUCCAUCGUAAUCAGUGCCAUGGAGUUUAGUAAAUGUCUAGCAAGUCUUGUCUCCUUUACAGAACACAAGGUCCAAUGAUAGCAAGUCUUAUCGCAUCCUUACUUUUAUUAUAAAUGGGUGUUUUUUUAUAAUUUUUACUGACACUCAGUGACCAUGCAAAAUUGUGCACAGCAUUAAUAUGUCUCUAUAUCUAUACCUAUCUACAUAUGUAUAUGUCAGCUCAUGGUAGAAAACCAUAGCUAGGGAGCAUCACAGACUUAUGCAUACAAAGUGAUCUGGUUUACAGUAUUCUGUUGAUAGUGCCAAUCAAUGAUAAAGAAAUGAACAUGUCACAGUGUAACUGACCAUAUGCACAAUUCCAUGAAUUAAAUCUGUUUCCUGUGUUAAUCGGUAUUCUUAAAUUUAAAAGAAUUUAUAAUGGAAACAU